AUGAGCCAACAACAACAACAACAAACUGAAGUAGUAAGAUUGUAUCAUAAACAAGCAUUGUCAUUGGAUGAUGCAAAGUUGUUGUAUGCAAGUGAGGAGAUACCUGGUCAAACAGUGCCUGUGAUUAUACCUGUGGAGAAGGAGAACGAGGUGGAAAGCCUUGCGAAUGGCAAGCAUCUGGCUAUUCUGCUGGAGCAAGACCAGGCAAAGAUAAGGGAUGUGCAGCAGCCAGCCGAUCAGUUCAACACCAACCGCUACUUUGACAAGCUGGACUCGGUGCUGUUUGGACAUCACCUGUUGUUCGCCCCGCUGCUCAGCUCGACCCAGACCAUCAUGAUGUCGCAGCUCACCUUCACGGGCCAGGGCAUCGUCAUGGUGGCCGAUCGCCAGACUAAUGCGCGCGGCCGCGGCAGCAACCCCUGGACAUCACCACCCGGCUGUCUGGUCUUCUCGUUUAAGUGCAAGCAAGAGGACGGCACCAAGCUGCCCUUCCUCCAAUACCUAGUGGGCAUUGCCAUGAUCCGUGCGAUUGACGCGCCAGAGCUUGGCGUGCGUCUCAAGUGGCCCAACGACAUCUACGCCGCCGAUGGCAAGAAGGUCGGAGGCAUCCUCUGCCAGUCGAACCAUCUCAACGGCAAGUUCGACGUGGUGGUGGGCGUUGGCCUCAACGUGGAGAACGAGCAGCCGACUGUCUCGCUCAACCAGCUUGGCAGCGUCCGCUUCAAUCGCGACGAGUUGCUGGCACGCUUCUUUACCGAGUUCGAGUCGAUGUACAUCAUGUUCACGCGCCAGGGAUUCAUCCCAUUCGCCGCCGAGUACAUGUCGGCAUGGCUGCAUACUGAUCAGAUCGUGCGCCUUGAGGAGUCCAACUCCAUGGUCAAGAUCGUCGGUCUGUCGCCCAGCGGCUUCCUGCAGGCGGCCGAGUGCAACGAGAGUGGCGUGAUCAAGCCAAACCAGCACACCUUUGAGCUGCAUCCCGACGGAACAUCAUUCGAUCUGGCACAUCUGACAAUUAAGAAGAAGAACUGA